AUGUCGGGUACAUCACGUAUUAGCGCAUCGUUGCCGCGGAUUCGCGCAACAAUCGGUCAUAUACCACAAAGGUUGAAAACUUUACGCAUCAACGCUCAUCGAUCACGUCUUGAGAUCCUCAGACGAAUAGUCACUCGUUUAGUACGAGAAGAACGAUGUGAAUUCCCUUUGAAUCGUGCCGUUGAAGCACGCCAGUAUAUGGAAAGGUUACUACAGUUGGGAAUAUUUCGCGAUCGAGAUGAUAAUUACAUGAACGAGAUGGUCGAUUGGUGGUUGAUCGAAGGUGAUCUACGUGAUAAGUUUUUCGAUGUUCUUGUACCUCGAUUCGCGCAGCAUCCAGCUGGACCGUAUACGGAUUUAUAUCGUUUACCAAACGAACGUCUUGAGUCAUAUGUACGGAAGAAACGAGUUUUCUAUCGCAAUUUUGACAUUGCAGUCCUUGAACUCAAAGGUAAUCCAUUUCCUCCUGUUGUGCCUGAACCUGAAGAUCAUUCGAAUAGCUUGCUGAAUAUUCUGCUCAGGAAUGCAAUUCAAAAGAGGGUGGAUAACCACAGCAGAUAG